UAAAUGCUUUCAAAUAACAUAAUUGAGUGGUUCACUUCUUGAUAACGUAAAUCAGCAAUGUUAACAUAUAUAACAUGCAUUUGAAACUAUCAUAAAACUCUUAGCAACUAGUGAUACCCAUGUUAGUGUUGGGUAUUCUGAAGUUCUCAAAAUACUUUAAAAAUAUUGAAAUGUUGAUGAAUUUCUAAAGAGCGUGUGUGUACAGCACCAACAGGGAAAAUGGUUAAGACCUUACCGUAUAUGUAUAUAUCCUUUAUUAUACUAGGAACAACAUCGUGUGCGGCCAAUGCAACCUUAAUAUGGAUUAUUCUUCGAAACAGGAAUUUCAGAACAAUAUCAAAUGUUAUCAUUGUGAGUUUGGCUACAAGUGAUUUCUUAUUAGGGUUUAUAGUAUCUCCUAUGGAAAUGAUGCAUCAUUUGUUGCCAGAUUUUGACGUUAUUGGAUAUGGAUGCUUAGCCCAUCAAGUAGUAAUGAUUUUCGUGCCACUUGUUUCUAUCGUCCAUCUGUUGUUGGUUGCAAUUGAAAGAUUUGUUAAGAUUGUGUACCCUCUGCAUUAUCACAGUAUAGCUACUAGAUCCCGCGCAGUAAUCUUAAUUGGUUUAACGUGGUUGUUUCCCUUUACUGUGAGUCUGCUACCGUUUAUGGGGAUACACCAAAACAUGGAAUCGACUAACACCACGGAUAGCACAUGUGCUACCUUAGACAUGCUACCGUGUCCAUACUUAAAUACUGUACUGGGCAUGAUUGGUGUGAUCUGUGUCUUCAUGGUCAUUCUUUAUUCGGUGAUUAUGAAAAUUGCGUACAGACAUGCAAAAGAAUUGAGGAAAAUUCGGAUCCCGAAACAAAAGGGUAAGAUUUUUAAAUCGUCGGAAUUAAAGGCACUAAUUGUUUUAGUAAUGACAGUGAUGUACUUUGUAUUGUCAUGGGCUCCGUUUAGUGUAUCUGUUAUAGAUGAAUGUAUAUCUGGGCAGAUAGCCAGCUAUUAUACACCAGCAAUAUUUAUCGCUUAUUUUAAUUCCACUGUCAAUCCUUUGAUUUAUGGGAUAGGUAAUAGGGAUCUCAGAAACUCCUUCAUUGCAAUUUGCAGUAAACAAAAAAGGAACGAAAUAGCACCUUUUAUUACGGCUACUACUGCUGUCUCAAUGACAGAGCGAAAGACAGCAGAAACCAAUAUGUAA